AGCCGAACCGCGAAGCCCGAAACGCGAACAACGUCGCGCCCUCGAGGGCACCCUUGCGUCCUACGGAGCGGAGCUCCACCUUGACUGGCGCGCCAUCGCCGCAUGGACCUGCCGUGUGUGCUCCUCCUUCGUACUUCGGGAAGCCCGGCGGCUGGGCGCUCGCACCCCGAUCGGAGCGCCCGGCCGCCGCUGGAGCCCACCCCCAGGCUGGGGCGGCGGGGGGUGCGGCGCGGCGCGAGGGGCGCGGCUCACCCCAGGAGCCGCGGCCGCUGCGUCCGCCGCGGCGCCGCCCAGGGGGGCGGGGCGGAGGAGAUCGCGAGGCGGGCCGCAAGCGCCACCCGCGGCGGAGCGCCGGCCGCUGGAGUGACCGCGGCGGCCCCCUCGGCCACGCCAGGCUGCCCGGCGGCGGCCCAGGACGCGGCGCGCAUGCGGCGGGAGAGCUCGUCCACCUCUCUGGUGCCUCAUGCGCUGGCCGCUCUGCUCCUCGAGUUUCAUCACGUCCUCGACCUCCAGCUUGGCCUGCGCAAGCGAGCUCUCAGACGCCAGGCGGAGCGCCCGGUCGCCUCCGCCGCCCUCUCCUCGAUGAGCUCGCGGGCGCGCGCCCCGAACUCCUG